UCGGCCCUCCGCUAGAGGGGUGCGGCCCAUGGGAGCGGAGGGCCUGGUGGCGCUCCUGGAGGGCGGGUUGGACCGAGUGCUGCUCAUCGACAGCCGACCCUUCGUGGACUACAACACGUGGCACAUCCUGGAAGCGGUCAACAUCAACUGCUCCAAGCUGAUGAAGAGGCGGCUGCAGCAAGACAAGGUGCAGAUCACGGAGCUCAUCCAGCACACGGCCAAGAAGAAGCUGGAGCCCCCGGGUGGGCAGGAGGUGGUCGUGUACGAUCAGAGCUCCACGGACCCCAGGGCUCUGUCCUCGGAGGCCUUCCUCGCCGUCCUGUUGGCCAAACUGGAGCAGAGCUUCCCUUCCGUGCACCUGCUCUCAGGUGGUUUCGCAGAGUUCUCCUAUCUGUUCCCGGGCCUUUGCGAGGGCAAAUCCGCCGCGGUUCCCUCUUGCAUCUCCCAGCCGUGUCUGUCCGUGGCCAACGUUGGCCCGACCCGCAUCCUGCCCCACCUUUAUCUCGGCUGCCAGCGCGACGUGCUCAACAAGGAACUGAUGCGGCAGAAUGACAUUGCGUUUGUGCUCAAUGCCAGCAACACCUGCCCGAAACCUGACUUCAUCCCCGAGUCGCACUUCCUACGCGUGCCUGUUAGCGACAGCUUCUGUGAGAAGAUCCUGCCAUGGUUGGACAAAUCGGUGGAAUUCAUAGAGAAAGCGAAAGCCUCAGAUGCCAGGGUCCUGGUCCACUGCCUGGCGGGAAUCUCACGAUCUGCCACUAUUGCAAUUGCCUACAUUAUGAAAAGGAUGGACAUGUCCUUGGACGAGGCAUACAGAUUUGUGAAGGAGAAAAGACCCACUAUUUCCCCCAAUUUCAACUUCCUAGGCCAGCUCCUAGACUUUGAGAAGAAGAUCAAGUGUUCCCCAGGGCAGCUGACAGCUAAAGUUAAAGCGAUGCGCCCGGACACGUUAGCAGAGUCUCUCUCGCCCUCGGAAGGAGGUAUGCCGUGCAGAUCCCCGGGACCCCCUCUGCUCUGGGGAGCUGUUAGAGAGGCCGGUGGCUUCUGUCAGGCAGAUGCCCUGACUUUGCCCUGUGUGUUAACAGACGCCCAGCUGGUCAACAGGGCAGAGGAGGAGGUGCUGUCCCGAGAGCUGGGGGGUUUGCAGCUGGGCUUUGCUUCCGACAGUGCCAAACUCAAGCGCUCGUUCUCGCUGGACAUCAAAUCCUACGGAGGCGACGGCGGCAACCUGCCGGCCUUUGCUCCCGCCGAAGAUGACGCGGAGUUCUACAAGCCCCCAGCCUUGAAGGAGCCGGCCAGUAAGCCCUGCCAGUUCUCCCCCGUGGAGGAGGUGUCCGAGCUGUCCACCCCGGAGCAGAGUCCUCACGGGGAGAAGGCGGGUUCCGUCACCCGGAGCGCAGCCGCCGCCGCCGCCACCGCUUCCAGCUCCGGUGCCGAGCCCAGCGGCUCGGCCGGCGGGUUCUCCGGCCUUAAUCGGCCUCUCGCGCACUCUCAGCCGCACGCCCUUUACCGCAGCGGCAGCAUGGAGGACAACCCCAGAGCUGCCAACUUCUUGUUCGGCCUCUCCAGCAGCCAGCAGCAUCUGGCCAAGCCGGGCCUCGGAGCGGCGCUCAAGGGCUGGCAUUCGGACAUCCUGGCUCCAGCGGCUACCGCCGCCGCCGCCGCCUCCUCCUCCCUCGCGGGCGGUUGGUACUUCUCCGAUUCGGCCUGCUUCUACUCCACCUCGGCCGUGUUCGGCGGCGCCGGCUUCUCCGCCUACGGCUGCGGCGUCGGGCUGGAGGCGGUGCGCCGGAGGCAGAAGAACGGCGACCGUGGCGACUCGCGGCGCAGCUGGCAUGAGGAGAGCCCCUUCGAGAAGCAGCUCAAGCGGCGUAGCUGUCAGAUGGAGUUCGGAGAUGGCGUGGCGGAGAGCCGCUCGAGGGAAGAGCUGGGCAAGGUGGGAAGCCAGUCGAGCUUCUCUGGCAGCAUGGAGAUCAUCGAGGUGUCCUGAGAUGGACGAGGACCGCGGGGCUACGGCUCCUCCUCCUCGCGCUUUCUACUUGUGGAAGGCGAGGCCUUCGUCGGUCUGGACCGUUGGGUUCGACUUGUUCCGAAGCCGUUUUCCGCCUUGGCCUUUCGUGCAGAAGUGAAACGAAGAGGACGUGAGUGUGUGUGUGUGUGUGUGUGUGUGUGUGUGCGCGCGCGUACGUGUGUGCGUGCGCUGCGUAGGUCUCAUCGUGUGCGUUGAAACUGAAGACUGAGCCCAUUCUCGUGUUCUCUGCGGAUCGGCGCGAGAAGCGCAACGGUCCUGCAGCCGAAGCGUUGUGCCGAACGCGACUCCCCACGCGGCCUUCGUCGGCCGCGCGGUUCUCUCUUAAGUAGCGGACCCGAUACCUCGCGAGAUCCGCAGACGUUGACGUUUGUUUCGUUUUCAACUCGCCGACAGCUCAAUCUCAGGUUUCUGGUGUGAGCGGCGCAAGGAGAUUAUUGCAGGCGGACGGCGGAUGUACCUAAGAGGACAGGAAGGGGUGGCAGAAGGACACCGAUUUCUUCAGAGGUUUUCUUUUUUCUCCUUUUUUUUUUUUUUUUUUUGUAAACAAUUUCAAAAAGAAAGCGCUGGAACUUCUGUCGCCGUUCGCUUCCACGAUGAUGGUUCCCACUUUUGCCUCGAACGGCAGAGGCGGCAUAUUGUUGAAGAACAUAGAGAACGGAGGUCCCGCCUCAAGUUCCCGUGUCGUUUAAUAUUUGCGGCGUGCAGCGUAUUGUAAACCUUUUUAAAGUAGUGUAACUAUUAGGCGUUUGUCCUCAAAGCGCUGGGCAGCAGUUCUGGUUCACACAUCCAUGCGUGCUUGUGAGUGUGACAGCUGGGAGGGAAGGAAUGAAGGAAUGAAUAAAUGAAUGAAUGAAUUGUGCUUUUGUUUUGGCCUUUCAAAAUACCAUCUGCUUUUAAAAUAAUCGCCAGUAUUUGCAGUGUGAGAGCAGAAGCCGGUUCCUGCGCGAUCGGAAAAUACUGCGCUCGGUUCAAUCUUAAUGUGAGUUUAUGGCGUAACGAACGAAAGCGAAGAAAGAGGUAAACGAGCGCCUGUCCGCCGCGGAAAUGUACGUUUACGCUUUCGCCUCCCGUUUGAGAGACGAAGAGCAGCGACGCGACCCUCGUUGCGAGCGGAAGUAGAAAUGUUGCAGCCGCGAUGCGCGGAGGGAGAUCGGCGCUACCGGUUCGGCGGCAAGCGCGUAACUGCGAGCCCGGCGCUCGCCGCUUUUGUACGGAGGGCAGGAGGAGCAGUCGGAGCCGCUGGCGCUGGAUCUCUUCUGUAGCGGCACAAAAAAGUUCACCCUUAAUAACGUUACGUGAAGCGGCGCUUCCGUUUCGUCCGUGCGGCGAUUAACCGCGGUACGUUGUAGCCCGCUGCCAGGUGGCGCUUCCGUGAAACAUCGGUGUUCUUGCACGGAGCGUACGGUCACGGCGAUGCAAGUAGCUGGAGCUCAAUGAAUGAGGCUUUUAAGAAAGAGAUGCUGGAGAAGAUGGAGCCUCUGCGGACGCGGACGCGCGCGUUUAUGCGAAGCGCGGAACGGGUCGGGCCGUCGCCCCUUGGACCGUCACGCAGGCGUCGUGCCGUUCUUGUAUUUAUUUCAGAAAGAAAUAAGCAUCAUCGUACGACACGGCAGCGAUGCGGUCGAGAAGCGGCGACGCCCCUCUAAGUUUUACCCUCGGAAGCCGAUCUCAUACAAUAAUACACAGGGAAAGAUGUUCAACCCCUCGUGCCAAAAACCAAGGGGGCUAGACA